AGCACUUUGGACCGCACCACGCCGCCUCUGGGGCCGUGCUGCGGCGCUGGGCCGCUGGGCCACGCGCCAUGCCUGGUGCGGAGCCAUGAUAGCGCCACAAGUGGCGUCACACCCUUCGGUGGCAGCUGACGUCGCUGUGCCCCGCGCUGUCGCGCGAACUGCCGGUGCUUCGGGUGCCACAGGGUGCCAGCCUAGAUUUAAGAAAGAGACUCUGCUGCGCGCUAGAGCUGCACCUCGUGCAGCCCUCGCAGGACUUGCCGCGGUGGCGUGCCGUUCUGCGUGCCGGCAGACUGCCAAAAGGCAUCAACGUCACCAGUGUAGGGCUGUGUUACCACGCUUCGAAGGCCUUUCCUCCUUGGACCCGGUCCAUGUCACCGAGACCCACCGGGAGCCGCCUUCGCCGCACGGCGCGCCGCUGUCCGUGACGCCGGAGCCGGAGCUGGCGGCAGUGGUGCGGCAGCUCUAUGCCAGUUUCAACCAAUGCGAUGCACAUCGAACGGCCGCAUGCUUCACAGAGGAUGUGGUCUACGAAGACUUGCUGUUGGGCAAUUCCACCAUUGUGCAGUCAAGAGCCGAGUUUUUGGAACUGAUCCGUACCCAUCCCGUCUUCGUGAGCGCACGCGCCUGCGGGAUGUUGGGUUUGCCACCACUGGAUAUCAAAGUGGAGGUGGAUAACAUCUCUGAGGAUAUCAAGAGAUCUACAGUUGGAGUGGAAUGGCACGUGGAGGUUGGAGGGCAGCCCUUAGUGCUGGGCAGAGGUCAGAGUUUUAUGAAGAUCGAUCCCGAAACAGGUUUGAUUGCGAAGGCCACGGACAUCGCCGAAGCACCCUGGCGCGCCAUCGGCUUGGUCCUGUCGCCCUUUGCGCGUGGUAUUCGAGAGCUCUCGCGCUUGCUGCGGGACUGGAGUUUUUCUUCGGUUAUCACCGUGGUACUCUUCGUGGUACUCUUCAUGGACCAGUCCUCCCUGGAUCAGCUCCGGGACGAUAUCGACACCUUGGACGAUUUUCGCAAAGGCCUUGAUCAGUCUGACCACAAUGGUCUCAAGGCUUUGCUGGCCGAGAUGGUUGCAAAGAACCCACCCAGGUAGCCAGUGAGAGACGGCCUUGCUAAUCCGCAUCCAGAUAUCAUCCGAAGACUAGUAAACUCACCCC